GGUCUUGCAUCCUCCCGGACUGCGCGUUAAUUCGAGUUUCGAAUUUCGAUGUGGAUGCAGAGACCCGUUUAGGUAUACUUAGAUCAGCUAAGCGAGAGCCUUGCCAUGCGGAGGCGAACGAACUAAAUGCUUUGUCGCACACGCAGCGUAACGCGAAUACGCAACGGACGAAAAAAAAAAAUUAAACUCCGUCCGCUUAGAACGUGCUAUCUAUGUAUAACGUUUAAGAAUGGCACGUAAACAGCUGCAAUGAUCCAAUGUAUUGAUAAAAAGCCGCUGAUAAAGAAUUUUUAGUAAUAGUUAUUAUCUCGACGUUUAUCACACCGCGGCCGCGGUGCCAAUUACCUACAGAACCAUUCAGUUGUUCUUUUAUUCUCAGCCAGACCGCUACCGCUAGCGUAAUUCAAUUCUUACUGUAUACAUUUCACGUUUGUUUAAAGUAAAAAUGCUUGGUGCAUGAUGAAUUUACUCUCUUUGAAAUUCACGCUUUUCACGCAAUCUCGUUUUACUCGAUGAUGGUGAAAAAACGCUGGCUAUGUUUAGCCGUUUUGCUCUUUAUUUUUGUAUACAUUUUCUUCUACAGCUACAGAAGCACCCGACAACGGCGAAUUCACAAUGUUGACGUUCUAUGUUAUUAUCGACGUCCCUUACGAAAUUCUAGUUUUCCCAAUUUCGACGAGUUAAAAGAAAAAGAACGACUCUCGACUAAACGCAACAUAUUUUUUUUGGAGACAUCCUGCAGCUACAAGCGCGAUGACGAAUUUCACUUGAGUUGCCGUCAAGCUUGCGCCGUUGAAUCGGCUGCUCGAAUGAACCCCAAAGACUGGGUCCACCUUCUGUUCUUCAGCUCGUCGGUUCCUUCUCUAGGAACAAAUGAAUUGUUUACGGUGCUGCAGUCCAAUUAUUCUAAUGUCAAUAUAAAACGGGCUCACUUGACGGAUUACAUCAAAGGGACUCCCGUUGAGAGGUGGCUAACUCCGAAACUCUUGCUAAGCAGCAAUUGGCCUCUCAUUCAUUUGUCCGAUAUCCUGAGACUUCUUACGCUCUGGAAAUUCGGUGGCAUAUACCUAGAUCUCGAUAUAGUUGUCACAAAAUCUUUGGACAAUUUUAAAAAUUUUGUUGGAGCGCAGGAUGAUCAAAGGAUCGCAAACGGUGUAAUGGGGUUCGAUAAGGAUCGGCUUGGCCAUAGAUUAGUCGAGGAGUGCUUGACAGAGCUAAUGAAAGACUUUCGCGGUGAUCUUUGGACUCACAAUGGGCCCGACAUCGUUACCAAGGUCAUACAGAAACAAUGCAAUCUUGAAUCAGUUGCACGUAUGAUAAAUUCUCCAAGCUGCAAAGGGUUUCAAGUGUUUCAUCCAUCUGUCUUUUAUCCCAUUCCUUAUCAAGAGUGGAAACGUUAUUUCCAUGACGAUUUAGAUGGCCAAAUCUUAGAUCUUAUCGGAAAAUCAAAAAUUAUACAUGUUUGGAAUAAACUUAGCAAGUGGGAACCUGUAACUGACAAAAGUCCUUACUCUGCAGUAGCCAAACAAUUCUGUCCACACGUGUUUGAAAAAUGUAAAUCAAGGUUUUAA